AUGACUGAGAUAUUAAUACCACAAAAUUGUUCUCUUGGAAACUUAGUGAAUUUGAUAAAAAAUGAGAUAAAGGAAAAAACAGCAACUAUUGAAGUUUCUUAUCAAGUAGAAAAAGGAACACAACCAAUGAAGGUUGUAACAGACAAUUCCGUGUUGUUCUUCCUGGAAAUAAAGAAAAAAUUUGCUGCAAAAAUAACAGACUUACCAUUGUGUGUCACUAUAGUUCAAGAAUCAAGCAAUGAAAAUGACAUUCUUUUACUAGCAAAUCAGAAAGCUACAGCAGAAGAAAUGGAGGCGGGGACAUUAUUAAUGCAAGAAAAUCAAGCUUCCAUCAAUGAAAAAAUAAAAAAGAAGUUGGAGGAAAUCCAAAUAGUAAUAUCUGAUUACAGAGUUAACACAAUAGAGCAAGGGAAAAUUUACAAGGAUAAGAACACAAUCAAAUCAGCUCUUAGCUACUAUGCAAUGUUGCAUAACUUCCAGUUCAAAACAAAAAGAUUAGAACCUAGAGAGUACCUAGUUACUUGCGCAGAUGAAACAUGCAACUGGUUGGUGAGAGCAUCUAAGUACAGAAAUCAAGAUUUAUUCAAGGUACGGAAAUGCAAUCCAAAUCACACUUGCUCUGUUGAAAUUGUUUUGGAAGACCAUAGGCAAGCAAAAAGCAUCGUAGUUGGGGAAUUAAUAAAGAAUAAAUACAAGUCAAUCAAAAGAAAUUACACUCCAAAUGACAUCAUGAAUGAUGACUUCGAAGUAACUAUGGGAUACACAAAAGCAUGGAGAUCAAGAGAGAAAGUUUUGCGUCUAGUAAGAGGGAACCCCAAUGAUUCAUAUCAAAAGUUGCCAAUGUAUCUUUACAUGUUGAAGCAAGCCAAUCCCGGAACAAUAACACACCUACUCUUAGACAAGGAAGAUAGAUUCAAAUACCUAUACAUAACUUUCUCUAACUCAAUCAAGGGUUGCAGAUACUUGAGGCCUAUAAUUGUUGUUGAUGGAACUUUCUUGAAAAAUGCACAUGGUGGUACCCUAUUUUCAGCAUCAACGUUAGAUUCAAACAACAACAUUUUCGUGUUGGCUUUUGGAAUAGUAGACUCUGAAAAUGAUAACUCAUGGCUUUGGUUCUUCUCCAAACUGAGAGACAUCUAUGGAGAACCCGAAGGAUUGGCUAUAGUUUUUGACAAACAUAAGAGCAUAGACAAUGCAGUACAUAUGGUGUACCCAAAUGCUUUCCAUGGAGCUUGCAUGUUGCACUUGCUCAAUAAUUUGAAAAGCAAGUAUGGGGGCCAUGGAGAAGAGCUACAAAUGAAAUUGAUUGCAGCAGCAAAAGCAUACACAAAAAUAGAAUGUGAACACUACAUGAGAGGCCUUGAUAGAAUUGACAGACGCAUUAGACCCUAUUUAGAAAAAGCCAAAAGUUUGGUUCAAAAGUGGGUUUGGAACAACCCAAAUAAUGCAAACGAAACAUUCACAAAAGUCUCUACAGCAACAGAGAAUGAAUUGAGACAUGACAUUGUUUCAAAAAUGAAGUAUGAGGUCUUGCCUUUCAACACAAUAGAAUACCAAGUUCGUGAUCAAAAGGGGAUAAAUUUCACAGUAAAUAUACAUAAUAGAACAUGUACUUGCAAUAGGUUCCAAGAAGAUGAAAUGCCUUGUGGCCAUGCAGUAGCUGUCAUUGCAAAGAGACACUUGAGUGUGUAUGAUUAUUGUGCAAAGUUAUACAGAACAGAAACGUUGAAAGCAUUGUCUCAAGAAAAUGUUCAUCCUUUGCCCCAUAAAGAUGAAUGGAAUCUCCCACAACAGUUGGACAUAAUGGUUGUAACGCCCCGGAUAGCCAAGACAGUUACACUAUGUAUUUAUAAAUGUGCAGCACUUGUUAAUAAAGUCAUUUAG